AUGUCUGACGAUCUUGAACAGAUACGCAGAGCACGUAUGGAGGAGCUGCGUGCUCAGGGCAACAAGCCCACCGCUGGCCCUGGCGCUGGCGGGGGAUCAAACAACGACGAUGCUCAGCAAGAUAUGCGAACAUCACUGAUGUCGCAGAUUUUAGAGGGCGCUGCUCGCGAGAGGCUGUCUAGAGUCGAAAUGGUGAGGCCGGAGCGAGCACGGCAGGUCGAGGAGCUGCUGAUCCGCAUGGCUCAGUCGAACCAGCUUCGUGGCAAAGUGUCCGAGCCGCAGCUGGUUCAAUUGCUUGACCAAAUAUCCGCCCAGGAAGAUAGAUCGCGAGCCAAAAUUGUGUACAAUCGCCGCGACAGUGAUGACGAGUUUGACCUUGAUGCGUCCACUCAGAAAGAGCAACCCAAUGCACACGAUGAAGAGGAGGACGACGACGAUUUUUUCGAUUAA